UUUCACCCAUGAAAUCUCGGACCCUCUUCGUAAUCCUUACUUUCCCGUGCACGCAGGCGUGCUACUGACUUACUGGACUGUUACUAUACUUUUUUAACCUUCUUUUUGCGCUCACCGACACGUCAAACACCUACUUCUACGAUCACGCGCCACUCGUUCUGAUCAACUUCUAUUCACAUAACGCCAUCUUAUAUGAUGUCUUCCCAGAACGCUCUAUCCGACGCAGCUCUCUCAGGCCUUAUUUACAGGCUACGGUACGCCAACGCGCGCUACGGCCAGAUCGCUUGUCAACUGCGCUGUCGGAUGACAAUCACGCGCACGUAUCACGCACAACGACGUGCCUUCUGGUCUGGCUUGCGCGUUGAUAUAGCAAAGGCUAAGGGUUGUCCUUCGACUGCAAUUUCAGUCAGGCCCUUGCCUGUCCUCGAUACGACUCCGAGUCCAUUGCCGCUUAUGCUUUCAUCAUUUGCACGUACUGCCGAAACCCACAACGAACUUGGCUUGGAGAUUCCAGACAUCGUCGUAUCUUCACCUGAUGCCUACGUCCAACCUCACAAGCGCCUUGUCAUUCGAAUUCCACCGCUUGCUAGCCUUCAUGACGAUAUGUACCGCCAUGAGCACAAUGACAUGUCUGCUCCGGGCGCGCCACUCAUUCGGACCAAGGAAUUACCCGAGUGCGAGAUGGAUGAAAUGAUCUCUUCACGUUCAUCUUCUUCCGCGUCUUCCACCCCCCUCUUAACACCCAUCGACAUUGUUUGCUCUGGUCUCCGUAUCAAAAUUCCGGCCAGGAAGCGCAAGCUCGGAGAGACUGACGAUGAAAAUUCCUGUCCUGAUAGUUCAAACAUUCAGUUUCCCAAGAAGCACAUGAGGAAGCGCUGGGCUCGUUCACAGAUGACUAACGAUCGACUAUAUUGGCCUCCUCGGUCACAAAUUGCUUCGCUUUGAGCUUGCAAGAACAUUCACACCAUGAUUUUAUGCGGUUUCUGCGAAUACGUACAUUACCCAGCCUGUCAGUACAUUUAAUGUUUCUCUCUGUUGUUGUCGCUGGUCACACGAGACUGUAUCUUUUUCCAUGUCAUUUGCCCUGUGAAGGACACUAUGGUUACUGCCUGCCUAAUAGUGUAUCCCGACUAUUUGUGUCAUCUUAUCAUGACGGACCUUUUUUAGUGCUUGCUUAUCCCAAACCUGUGACUGCACCGAAAUGUGAACUGGAG